GAGAAAUAUUAUUAUUUACGACAUUAAGUUUGAUUUAUGGCACGAUGGCGGUAGUUGUUCUAGACAACGGUGCCGGUUUUUCCAAAAUAGGAUUUUCCACUGACGAACAACCAAGGAAUGUCCCAAAUUGUGUUUCCAAAGCCAAAAAUGUACGAACGCGAAUAUUCAUUGGUGACCAGAUUGAAGAUUGCAAGGACCUGUCUGGACUGUAUUACCUUCUUCCAUUUCAAAAGGGUUACCUAGUAAACUGGGAGAUUGAGAAACAAGUAUGGGAUUAUCUCUUCGGCAAAGAUGUUCUGAAGGUGAACUUUAGUGAGACAACACUUGUUGUCACUGAACCCCACUUCAACUUCUUAUCCAUUCAAGAAGCAAUGAAUGAAAUUUUCUUUGAGGAUUACCAAUUCCAAGCUAUCUAUAGAACCAAUGCCAGCCAUUUAAGUGAUUACAAACUAAGACGAGAACAAAGCACCAACAAUCUCUGCAGUUUGGUUAUUGAUUCUGGUUAUUCAUUCAGCCAUCUAGUUCCCUACAUGAAGGGGGAAAAAAUAACAAAUGCUGUUAAAAGGAUUAAUGUUGGUGGGAAAAUAUUGACAAAUCAUUUGAAAGAAAUAAUAUCUUAUCGGCAGCUGAUGGUUAUGGAUGAGACAUAUGUUAUCAACCAGCUUAAAGAGGAUGUUUGUUUUGUAUCUCAAGACUUCAACAAAGAUAUGGAAAAAGCAAGAUUAAACAGAAAGGAUAAUAGCAUUGGACGAGAUUAUAUAUUACCUGAUUACACAAACAUCCACCGUGGCUAUAUGAAUACACUUGAAGAAUCUACUGGAAAGUCUAAAGAAAAUGAGCAAUUAAUCCGAGUAAAUAACGAACGGUUUUCUGUCCCCGAGAUACUUUUCCACCCAUCCAAUGUUGGAAUAGAAGAAAUGGGAGUUGCAGAAACAGUGGCACAUAUUUUAAGUCUUGUUUCAAAAGAAAUGGAACCUCAUUUGUUGAAUAAUAUUCUACUGACUGGUGGAAAUUGCUUCCUUCCUGGUUUCAAAGAACGUUUUGUAAAAGAAGUGAGAAGUAUGAUCCCCAUUGAAUAUGAUCUCAAAGUAACCAUGCCAGACAAUCCACAGACUUAUGCUUGGCAUGGAGGUGCACAGUUGGCUUCUGAUCCUAAAUUUUCAUCUAUGGUUGUCACCAAGCAUCAAUAUGAAGAAUAUGGACACAGCAUUUGUGCAGAUAAAUUCAAUGUAUAAGAUCAAAACAUCAAUUAUAAUCACUCAUUAAUCAAAGUCAUUUGUGUAAUGGAUGUCAUUAUUCAUAAUAUUCAUUCAGAUUUCUUGGUUCACUACAUCAAGUAUGCUAGCUCCCAUAUUAAAUAUUGUAUAUUCUGUGCUUCCUUUAUUCAUUGUUUAAAAUCUUAAUCAUGAAAAGAAAUACACUACAUGUUUGCAGGUAAAAGAG